CGUAAUGGUGUUGUAUCUUUGAACCCCAGAUCUUUUUACGAAAACGUUGUGACCAUAAAAUUCUAAAUCAGAUGUUAUUUCUUCAUUGUCUCUCUCCGCUAAUAUACAUUUGGAAGAGGUAGCGGCCAGUUAGGUGGUGAAGUGUUUCAACUAGGUUUAGGUAAAGAAGCACUCUUAUCCAGGAGAGGAUUUGCAGGUAUCAAGGCGAACUAACUAACUCGAAGUCUAAGCAAGUAUGGCGUUGAGUAGAAGGAAUAUGUUGCUCUAACUAACCUUUUCCGGCGUCGGCGGAUCGAGGGAGAAUAGCUUGAACACCCUCCAUAUCUUGUGUUCUGCUGCGAACAAAUGGCAUAUGCUUUUCAUAAUUUCAGCACCAUUGAUUCCUUACACACUAUUUAUUGAAGAAAGAAUCUUGGUGUAGUGUUGUUGAAAUACCACAUCAACCGUUGGUCAUGCAUUUGUGCUCUAAAUGAGUGCUCCUAUCACCUAACCCAACAUAUGCUGGAAUAAUACCACACACAAGUUCCUCUCAAAAAUAAAAAAAAUACCACACACAAGUUUACCCUACCGAAUCUUGAUUUUCUUAUGUGAUUAUUAGGGGUAAAAAAAAAGAACAUGUUUUGCAAUUAACAAGGAAAAUAUGGCCAUUUUCAGAUUUGAAGUAUAUAUUCUUGUAAAAUCACUGAUUUGGCAAUAAGUGGGAUAAUGCUUUAUCCGUUCUUUUUCGAAUAAGUUUUCUUUGCGUUAGUAUAUAUAUACUCUUAACACAAUUGAAUAGAAAACUAAAGCGAUGGACACGAAUGGUCUGAUAAUUUAUUUUAAGAAUCGGAUAUGAAAAUUGAUUAAAAUAGUUUAGUGUUAAUCUGGUUCUAAUCAGCAUUUCAAAAAACACGCAUUUUGACGUUUCAAGUUGAUAAUAAAAAUAGAAACUAGAUAGUACAUAGAGAUUAUUAGUAAAUCCCAUGCAUCUAUGAAUAAUCAAUAUAGAGAAUCAAUCCUUCCAAAAUUAUUCAAGUGUGGCCAAUAUUCUAUUUGAAUAAAAUCAGUAUUUUUGGCCAUGAUAUAUAAGGAUGGCUGUGCUUCUUCCUCUUUUGAAACUCAAAACACAAGUAGCAUUGGCAGUAAGUAGAGCAAGAGAUGGUGAACAUGGGAGAAAACGAGUGGCUAAACGGGUAUUUGGAGGCGAUAUUGGACGUUGGAAGUGCAAGGAAUGGGAAAAGAGAUGCAGAGAACCAAGGAAGAAGCAAAAAGAACAGCUUCAACAAGUGUAUAAGAAGAGAACUUGAUGAGGAGAUGUUGAAGUUUGAGAAGAUAGAAAUCGAGAAGCAUAAGCUGUUCACUCCUACUAGGUACUUUGUUGAAGAAGUCAUCAAUGGCUUCGAUGAGGCUGAUCUCCACAGAACAUGGGCUAAGAUGAUAGCUACUAGGAAUUCUCGCCACCGCAACAACAGGCUUGAGAAUAUGUGCUGGCGUAUCUGGCAUCUUGCCCGCAGAAAGAAGCAGAUAGCAUGGGAUGCAGCGCAAAAACUAGUGCAACGGAGAUUUGAUAGAGAGAAAGGGCGUAAUGAUGCUGCACAGGAUCUCUCUGAUCUGUCUGAAGGUGAUAGGGACAAAGGAGAGUCUAAUCAAACUGGCUCAGUCACAAACAUGUCAAGAAUAAGUUCAGAUACACAGCUUUGGUCAGAUGACAAAUCUCGACAGCUAUAUAUUGUUCUCAUAAGUCUUCAUGGGCUGGUUCGCGGAGAAAAUAUGGAGCUUGGACGAGACUCUGAUACUGGUGGCCAGGUUAAAUAUGUUGUGGAAUUAGCUCGAGCUUUGGCCAACAUGGAAGGGAUACACAGAGUGGAUCUUCUCACAAGACAGAUUACUUCGCCCGAGGUUGACUCCACCUAUAGUGAACCCAUUGAGAUGCUUUCAUGCCCCUCUGAUGGAUUUGGUGGCUGUGGCGCCUACGUUGUCCGAAUCCCUUGUGGGCCGUCUGAUAAAUAUAUACCAAAAGAGUCUCUGUGGCCUUACAUAGGGGAGUUUGUUGAUGGAGCUCUUGCCCACAUUGUCAACAUGGCAAGAGCUUUAGGAGAGCAAGUCAAUUCUGGAAAACCGGCAUGGCCUUAUGUUAUCCACGGCCACUAUGCAGAUGCAGGGGAAGUUGCAGCGCGCUUGUCUGCUGUCCUAAAUGUGCCAAUGGUGUUGACGGGGCACUCCCUAGGCAGGAACAAAUUGGAGAAGCUACUCAAACAAGGCAGGCUCUCUAGGGAGGACAUUAACACCACCUACAAAAUAAUAAGGAGAAUCGAAGCCGAGGAGUUGGGGCUGGAUUCGGCUGAGAUGGUAGUAACAAGCACCAAGCAAGAGAUUGAAGAGCAGUGGGGCUUGUAUGAUGGAUUUGAUAUACAGCUGGAGAGGAAGCUAAGGAUAAGGAGACGGAGAGGAGUGAGCUGCCUCGGAAGAUACAUGCCAAGGAUGGUGGUUAUACAACCAGGUAUGGACUUCAGCAGUGUGGCGGAGCAACUAUCAUUAGACAGUGAAGGAGAUCUCAAAUCAAUGAUUGGCUCUGACAGGAAACGUCCAAUGCCUCCGAUAUGGUCCGAGAUUAUGCGUUUUUUCACCAAUCCUCACAAGCCUAUGAUACUAGCAUUAUCCCGUCCAGAUCCUAAGAAAAACAUAACGACUCUACUCAAGGCAUUUGGAGAAUGCCAGCCCCUUCGAGAACUGGCAAACUUGACACUAAUAUUAGGUAACAGAGACAACAUUGAAGAAAUGUCCAACAGCAGCUCAUCCGUCCUUACAACAGUACUCAAGCUCAUUGACAAGUACGACUUGUAUGGUCAGGUAGCUUAUCCAAAGCAUCACAAGCAACCCGAAGUUCCUGAAAUCUAUCGCCUGGCAGCCAAAACCAAGGGUGUUUUCAUCAAUCCAGCUCUAGUCGAACCAUUUGGUCUCACUCUCAUAGAGGCUGCUGCUUAUGGACUGCCCAUUGUUGCCACAAAAAAUGGUGGGCCUGUCGACAUAUUAAAGGCACUCAAUAACGGUCUGCUUGUCGAUCCACAUGAUGAGAAAGCCAUCUCAGAUGCUCUUCUAAAGCUCGUUGCUGACAAAAACCUCUGGCAAGACUGUCGGAGGAAUGGCCUGAAAAAUAUCCACAAGUUCUCAUGGCUGGAGCACUGUCGUAACUACCUCUCACACGUUGAGCAUUGCAGAAAUCACCACCCAACUAAUCAUCUUUCUGUGAUGCCGAUUCAUGAGGAACCACUGAGUGAAUCACUCCGUGGUGUUGAGGACCUAUCUCUGAAGUUCUCUAUUGAUGUGGAUGUAAAGGCCAAUGGGGAGUCUGAUGCAGCAGCUAGCAGCCAACAGAAAAUCAUUGAUAUUAUUCUACAGCAAAAGGCAACUUCUGUUGGAAAAUCAGUAAAUAUUUACUGUCCAGGGAGAAGGCAACGGUUGUGUGUGAUAGCCGUUGACAGUUAUAACAGUAAUGGAAGCCCUGCUGAGGAAUUGGCAUUGAUUAUCAAGAAUGUUAUUCAGGUCUCGGGAUCAAAGUGCACGGGGAUAGGCUUUGUGCUACUGACAGGUAUGAGUUUGCAGGAGACUAAGGAAAUGCUGGGGAGUGAGGUAAAGCUAGAAGAUUUUGAUGCAUUGGUUUGUAGCAGUGGAAGUGAAAUGUGUUAUCCUUGGAGGGAUCUGGUUUUAGACCAAGACUACGAAUCCCACAUUGAGUACCGUUGGCCAGGUGAGAAUGUGAAAGCAAUAGUGACGAGGCUUGCCAGUGUAGAGAACGAUGAUGUGCAGCUGAGUCGAUGUGGCUCACGAUGCUUCUCAUAUAGCAUCAGACCUGGAGCAAAGGUUCAGAAAAUAGAUGAUCUAAGACAGAGGCUACGUAUGAGAGGCCUAAGGUGCAACACGGUCUAUACUCAUGCUGCAUUGAGAUUAAAUGUUAUACCAUUGUUUGCAUCAAGAGCUCAAGCACUAAGAUAUUUAUCUGUGAGAUGGAGUGUGGAGAUGGAAAAAGUGAUUCUAUUCAUGGGGGAAAGAGGGGACACAGACUAUGAAGAUUUACGCGGAGGUGUUCACAAAACCGUUAUCCUCAGAGAUUCUGUUGUUUAUGAUGGUGAGAUUAAUGUGCAUAGUGAGGACGACGUGUCCAUCUCUCAGGAUAACAAAAGAGUAGCUCUGGCAGAGGGCUUUGAAGUUCAUGACAUUUCCAAAGCCUUGGAUCUUUUUCAGAAUCCGAUUUGAUUUGUGAUAGCAGCACGAGUGACUGCAUUUGGCACAGUGAGUCAGACCAUAUUUUCGACAAUCAUGUAAAACAGAAGACAGCAAAUGAAGGUAGAUAAUGUAAGUAGCUUGUUGCUUGAAUCAAGACUAGAUAGAAGGAGCAGAUAAUGAUAUUUUAUAUUUCUCCUUUUCUGUU